GGGUUUUAUUGUAUUAUAUGACAGAAAAAUACUAUUGACAUACGCGUUGUUAUGAAGAGUGUUGUGAACCGUUGAUGUAAGUGAGUCUCAAAACCCAUAAACCGGAAAUAUCUUCACAUGAGCGUGUGAGCGAGUGUCCCUAACACGAGAUAUUUAGGUGUGAAAAAGGUUAAGACUUGACGGCCUUUAUCUGCAAAGAGAAACUGAGCCCAAGGUUAGUGGCAGAAUCUAAUCUACACCACCAGCUCCUAGUGUACAAGGCAUGGGUAAAAGUUAAAACCUAAAAGAAAGAAAAGCCUGAAAUGCAUGUGACGAAAGCUUAAUAAGCUGUUUCCACUCACUCACGUUUUUUGUCCCAACGCAAUCAUUCAAAACCACCCACCGCUUCUCCCUUUCUCUGCUCUUUUCCCAUGAUUUCACUGUCCCUGCUAAUAUCUACACAGUAACGCUAUCUCUUCUCUCUCUCUCUCUCUCUCUUUUAUGUGUAUUAAAUAAAAAGUUCUUCCUCUUCCUUCAAAACAACAGGGGAGUGAAAUAAUAGUGGGAUUUGAGAGGCUCGUUGGCUAAGCAAAAUGGGCAUUAUUAUGUUUACCUCUGUUAUGCUUCUUUUCCUUCUGGGUCUCUGCCAUUUAUCCACGGCAGCGGCGGUGGACAAAAACGACGUUGCGAAGCCAAAAACGACUGCAAGCACUACUUACAUCGUUCACAUGGCUAAAUCCGAAAUGCCGGCGAGCUUCGAGCACCACACUCACUGGUACGACUCGUCGCUCAAAACAGUUUCCGACUCGGCCGAAAUGAUGUAUAUUUACAGCAAUGCCAUCCACGGCUUCUCCACCAAGCUCACCCCCGCACAAGCCGAGUCACUCCAAUCCCAACCUGGAGUUCUCUCCGUGCUUCCCGAGUUGAAAUACGAGCUCCACACGACUCGGACCCCGGAAUUCCUCGGACUCGGCCAAACCACCGAGACGAUCCCCCAGUCCAACUCGGAGAGCGACGUCAUCAUCGGAGUCUUAGACACCGGCGUCUGGCCCGAAAGCAAGAGCUUCGACGACACCGGACUCGGACCCGUACCCGGAUCCUGGAAAGGCGCGUGCGAAUCGGGUACCAACUUCAAUUCUUCAAACUGCAAUCGGAAACUAAUCGGCGCCAGGUACUUCGCCAAAGGCUACGAGGCCACGCGGGGCCCGAUCGAGACCUCCAAGGAAUCGAAAUCCCCACGCGACGACGAUGGCCACGGCACCCACACCGCGUCAACCGCCGCAGGGUCGGUGGUCUCCGGCGCGAGCCUCUUCGGCUAUGCCCUAGGAACCGCACGCGGGAUGGCCCCUCGCGCCCGAAUCGCCGCGUACAAGGUGUGCUGGGUCGGCGGCUGUUUCAGCUCCGACAUCGUGGCGGCAAUCGACCAGGCCAUUGCGGACAACGUGAAUGUUCUUUCGAUGUCGCUCGGCGGCGGAAUGUCGGACUAUUUCCGCGACAGCGUGGCAAUCGGAGCUUUCUCGGCCAUGGAGAAGGGAAUUUUAAUCUCGUGCUCUGCCGGAAAUGCGGGUCCUAGUGCCUACAGCUUGUCGAACUCGGCUCCAUGGAUCACGACAGUUGGAGCAGGCACACUGGAUCGGGACUUCCCUGCUUUCGUCAGCCUGGGCAACGGUAAAAACUUCUCGGGCGUUUCGCUCUACCGCGGUAACUCCAACGCAGCCCCAACCGCCUUGACGCCGUUUGUUUACGCCGCUAACGCGAGCAACGCCACGUCAGGAAAUCUAUGCAUGAUGGGGACUUUAAUUCCAGAACAAGUGAAGGGGAAAAUAGUGAUGUGUGACCGUGGAGUCAACGCAAGAGUCCAAAAAGGAGCGGUGGUCAAGGCUGCCGGAGGAGUGGGCAUGGUAUUGGCCAACACCGCCGCCAACGGCGAGGAGCUGGUGGCGGACGCUCAUUUAUUACCGGCCACGUCGGUGGGUCUGCAAAACGCCGACGUCAUCAAGAGCUAUUUGUUUAAGGAUCCGAACCCGACCGCCACGAUAUUGUUCGAGGGGACUAAAGUUGGUGUCCAGCCUUCACCCGUAGUUGCGGCAUUUAGUUCUCGGGGCCCGAAUUCAGUUACUCCGGAUGUACUGAAACCCGAUAUUGUUGCUCCAGGUGUCAACAUCCUAGCUGGGUGGUCCGGGGCUAUAGGCCCCACGGGACUGGCGAUCGAUGCGAGACGCGUGGCGUUCAAUAUUAUCUCGGGUACGUCAAUGUCUUGUCCGCACGUGAGCGGGCUAGCGGCUCUGCUGAAAGGGGCCCACCCGGAGUGGAGUCCGGCGGCGAUUCGAUCGGCGCUAAUGACCACCGCGUAUACAGCUUACAAGAACGGGCAGAAGUUGCAGGACGUGGCUACCGGAAAGCCGUCCACGCCGUUCGAUCACGGCGCUGGACACGUAGACCCUAUAUCGGCCCUCAAUCCGGGGCUGGUUUAUGAUCUAACGGUGGACGAUUAUCUAAACUUCCUCUGCGCGUUGAAUUACUCGGCGACCGAGAUUAACAGCUUGGCGAAGAGAUCGUACACGUGCGACGAGAAAAAGAAGUACAGCGUGAGGGAUCUAAAUUACCCAUCUUUUGCCGUGAACUUCGAGAGCAGAUAUGGAGGCGGGACGACGUCGUCUAACGUGGUGAGGUACACGAGGACGCUGACGAAUGUGGGCCCCUCGGGAACUUACAAGGCGAGUGUGACGUCGGAAAGCCAGUUGGUGAAGAUAUCGGUGGAGCCCGAAACGCUGAGUUUUAGUCAGGCGAAUGAGAAGAAAGGGUAUACGGUGACGUUGAGUGCGGUGGGUUCGGUGCCGGCGAAUGCAGAGAAUAGCUUCGGGAGGGUGGAGUGGUCGGACGGGAAGCACAUCGUAGGAAGCCCAAUAGCAAUAAGCUGGAAUUAGGGAGCAAAUUAAAUUAUAGAGGAAGAGGAGGCAAAUUAGAUUGUAAUGGCUUGAUUUCUUAAGUCAAAGAGUGUUGAGGAAUCAAGAAAUGUUGUAACAUGUAAGAUUAUGUGGUGGUGAUUAUGUUAAUUUCGAGCUAACAAUGGAGGUCAGAAUUUGAGAAAGAAGGACAAUUUGAAAUGGA